CGCGAAGCUGUAUUCACAAUCCGCGCACCGCAUAAGAAUAAAUAAUAAGGAGUGCUACAAACUUAAAUACGCGGGGUUUUGCGCCGGUCUUUUUGUUUUCAAUUCCUCGAAACAGUGACAGUAUUAUUUCGUUGUUAUCUCCAAAUUAUUAUUUGUUUCUAAUUUAUUAAUAAUUGUGACCUGUUGAGAGCAGAACAAUGUCUGACGUUAUUGUUGAAUCGUUGGGUGCUAAGGUGGCUCUGUUCAACCAACAUGCCAACAAUCACCAGAGUGGUCAAGCCAAAAAUCCAUUCACUUCCGGUUUGAAUAUUGACAAGCCAAAAUUCUCAAAAGAAGAAUAUGGAAGACCAGUUGCUGGUUCACUUUCGGACAUUCGAGGCCGCAAAGCUUCGGCUCACAUCGUCAAAGAAGUUCUGGAGCUUUGCGAAAUUAUCUACCAAAAUGGAACACCUUGUCGGGACCAGCCUGACGUAAUGGGAAUAACUUUUGGCGACCUCUUCAACAUUUAUAAUUACAUCAAUGAUAAGUGCGUUGGACUUUUAUUGCGGGCCAGGAAGCAAAAACUAGUCGAAUUCGAGGGAGAAUGUUUGUUCCAGAGGAGGGACGACAACGUACCAAUUUUCCUAUUGAAACCCAUCAAAGAAAUCAGAGAAACUUUCAGGCAAAGGUUGGAAGAUAUGGCAAAAGAGGCUCCACCAAGUUAAUAAAAUUUUUUGUUAUUUAAAGAAAUUCCUACUUUUAAGCGGAAUAUUCAUCGUGUAAUUUAUAUGAAACGCUACGGGUUAAAAUCAAUUGCACUAAAAUCUGUAAAUUACUGUUUUUUACGUUCUCAUCACCUACGAGAGAAAGUAUUCUUUAUCAUGAAAAAGUGUGAAGAACAAUUUCUAAGUAUGAACUAAGAUUAGUAAAUGAGUGAAUUGAGAAGAAUGAAUGAAAAGAUGCAAAUGUGGUGUACAUAUUUUUUGAAAAUCAAGAAUGGAUAGGAAACGUGAUAUAGGAUACUACUAAUAAAAAUGUUUUUACAAAA